AUGCUUAAUCCAUCGAAACGACGUCCGAAUGAAAGUUUAGAUGAAGGAGCUUUACGUCUAUUGUAUCGGAUGGGAAUAUUGAAACCAAAUACGACAACAGAAUUUCGUAUGUCUGAUUUUAUUAAUGAUAUAAAGAAUGAACUAAAAGAUAGUGUAUUAUUGAAUUGAACAGUGAAACUAUGUAUGGAACGAAGAAAAAUAAUAUCAAUGAUAAAUACUCAGCAUAUACAUGGUUCAUCGUGUGACGCGUUGCGUCAAAAUUUUUCUGUUAUGGCAAUAGGUGGAACUCAAUUUUAUAUUGCUAAGUAAGAAUGUAUAUUUUGUAGAUUGACCAAUUAUCGAAAGCAAGUUUAUUAGACUAAAGUUCAAAUAGAAGUGGAGAACUCAAUUUUUAUUUCCAUAUGUAUAAUCCUAUCUUGUUGUACGUUAGUUAUUAUCAGCAUAUUCAUAGUAACUAUUAGCGUUAUACACAGUGAUUGAAGUACCGGUUAAUUGCACCGAAGUACGAAUUCGCACUUGAAAACGCCAUCUACGAAUUCGUGUUUGAACACCUUGGCCGCACCACUCGAUUUUGGGGUCCAAAAGUGUGCGUUUUCGAGACCUUGCUUCCAAUGUCUCUGUAGGAACGCAUUUUGGAGUGGAAGUGUGGAUGUAGAAUUUAUUCAUCAUGUUUUUUCUAUGAACAACUUCUACACCCUUCUAUUUAUGUAGCUACAUGUCAACAUGGUCUAUCGAAUGACGAAAGAUUCAAGCUUAUCUCUCGAAAAACAAAAAGUUUAUUGAAAUUUCACUCAAUCAUAAUCACCGCAAUCAUUUUGUCCCAGUUUUCCACUUUCCAAAACUCUUUAUCCUACAAAUUAUUUUCCUUCCUUUCACUCG